CCUUCAUCUAACAAGUGCUGAUAAGGGUAUCGUUCUACAUCAUCCCCCAUCCAGUCCGUUUCCUGAGCUCUCGACGUGCACACCCUCCGUACUUGUACUCGGAAGGUACAUCCUACUGCUCGCUUGAAGGACAUCGAAUCGCACCGAGAACGCCCAGACUAACGCUCGCCAUACUUAGCGAUGAGGGGGACGUGGCUAAUACUGAUCAGCCUGAGUCUGACCUGCGCUGAGUCGGACUUCACUCUACUCUCGCAGGAAGAACGGGCCGGCAUCCCUACAGUCUACUUCACCGAAGUGAGAAAGGUGUCUCGCCAAAAUGCAGAAACCGACCACUCAGGUGACUUCCCGCACCGCGACCACGACGUCAAGGUGGUGCUGGAAGACCACGAGCACUUCGCCGGCGUCAAGAGGUGGCAUUUAACGUUCAUGCGCGGCGAGGAACAAUUCACGAGCACUUUAGCCAUCGAGGAGAACGUUGGCAGCGAACAGAAGGAGUUCGUGUUCCCGAUAGAGAUGGUAACGGACGCCAACGCGGUUUUCAUCACUGCGAGAGACGAGGUUGGCUCGUCGCUGGCGUUUGGGUCGUCACUGAUUAAAAUUCCGGAAAUGAAUUCGUUCCUGGCUUGGGUGGGAACAGCCUACGAUCCCGCCGCGUCCCACCUGCGCGUGGACCCUGGCACCUUGCCCGUGGUAGAAAUCGGACACCACAUAUGCAAGCAGAAUAUGAGUCCUUGCUACAUCCUGAAGGAGAGACUACCAGAGGUUGUUUCCCGGUGCCUCACCCUAACGGAUUUGGUCACCGAUGCGCCCGUGUUGCUGUGUGACGAGACGAUGAUCCCUUUCAACGGAUUAACCAUGGGUCUAACGGUCGAGUUCACCGAAGACCAUACAGUAUUACUAAGCUUAGAACCCCCUCAAGACGAGGUCGUGAAGAGCAUUGAGGUCAUCGCUUACCACCCAAGGGACCCCUCCUCCGUCUUUUCCCCCUGGGACUCCCAGUGUGAUCCCCUGGACGCAGUGGGAGAAUCGGGACGAAUAGAGUGCUCCCAGAACCUCAGGAUGACCGAGACACCUGACGGAAUUGAGGUGGUAGUGGUGGUGUUCACGUCUCAGAACGGGUCGCUCCCUCAGUCCGUUCAACUCACGCACUGGUUUAUAACCGACGACGCAGAGGCACAGAUAGGUGCGAUAAUCAUAGGCUCAAUCAUAGGUGGGCUGGUCGCCGUGGGUCUCAUCGUUGCUCUCGUCAUCUUCGUCAGGAAGAACAAGAACAUGAGUAAAGGAAAACGGGAAGCCGCCGUGACCACCUCUGCUCAUUAUACUUCAGCCCCGACUUCCGACCCUGAACCAGCUCAAUAUGAUGACCAGAUAUGAUUACAAAUCAAAUGCGUAAAUGUGUCACAGUGAUGUAUAAGACAUUUGUAAAUACGUAACAGAAAUUUCAUUUGUAAAUACGUAACAAAAAUUUUGUUCACGUCCUCUUUUUUCCUGAACGAAAAAAAAGAGCGGUGGACGGGAAAAGGUAAUUAAGUUGAAUGCCGUAUAAUUAUUAACACUGAGAAGAUUUAAGCAAAAUUCCCGUCAUUAUUUGAUAUAAUGUGGUUGCUUGAUUCUUAAUUUAUGUCAUGGCAACAUUAUUAUUUGAUAGUGACUGUGACGUUCCUCAUUCCUUCUUUUGUAACAAAAUUACGUUAUUUUAAUAAUUUGCUAUAAUGAUUUAUACCGUUGCCAUAGCUAUCUGAAACCCCCAUAACUCUGCUAAAAAAAAAAAAAAAAAAACAUAAAAAAAAUAAUAAUAAAACAAUCAAAUGUUAUUCUCAUCCUGUUUUAUUACAAUGAACGAAAACGGGACAAUGAAUAGUCUUACCUUUAGACACAAAACAGGUAGUGAAUUUACUUGCUCUGUGGAUAUAUGAACAGAAGACAUGUAGACAAUGUUUUUACCAUGUGUUUGGUUUGUAACCUGUUAUUGUAGCAUCAUUAUUUGACGGAGUUCCUCAUCCCAAUAUAUAUAAUAAAUUUGUACCAUACUCAUAUUUUCAGAAUUAUCAAUAAAAGUGUUAUUACCUGUAAAA